CCUAUACUUUUUCUGAAAAAACAAAAUCUUGAAACCGGGAUGAUUCACGAGACUCUUAAAUUUCUAAAUCAGUAUAUAUUCGAUUCAUCAAAUUAAUUAGUUGAAAGAAUCUUCUAUGUUUGCUGGUUGCUGAAUUUGUUAACGAGUAGUAGUUAAAAAGUUGCAAUACCAAAUCAUUAUCCCCAAAUUCCAUUAUCUUACUCUCUCUGAAGCUGGAUUCCCGGCGACAUGACUCCGCCGCAACUCCUCCUGCUAACAUCUGCGUUGCUUCUGUCGCAUACGCUGUUCCCGUUCGCCUCCGCCACCUCCAACGAGGCUUAUCCUCCGCCAUACGGACUCGAUCAGCCCUGGACUCCCGCCGCCGAUGAUCUAGUCCCUGUGCGCCGCGAAGUGUACGGAGGCGGCCGUAUCAUCGACAUAAGCCACCGGUACCACCCGGACAUGCCGUCCUGGGAGUCCCCCGACGGCCUCGGCCACUUCCUGUGGCUCGCUAAGAGCAUCAAAAAGGGGGAGCUCGCUAAUAACUCCGAGAUGAAGCUCCCCACCCACACCGGGACCCACGUCGAUGCGCCUGGCCACGUCUUCGAUCACUACUUCGAUGCGGGCUUCGACGUUGACACGCUCGACCUCGAUGUUCUCAAUGGUAAUGCAUUGCUUGUAGAUGUUCCAAGAGACAAAAAUAUCACUGCUGAAGUUAUGAAGACCUUAAAUAUUCCAAAGGGAGUACGAAGAGUACUCUUCAGAACACUAAAUACGGACAGAGGCCUGAUGUACAAGAAGGCAUUUGACACAAGUUAUGUUGGGUUCAUGAAAGAUGGGGCACAGUGGCUUGUCGAUAAUACUGACAUCAAACUUGUGGGAGUGGAUUACCUGUCAGUGGCUGCGUUUGACGACCUACUUCCUUCUCAUUAUGUUUUCCUUGAAGGAAGGGAAAUAAUCCUAGUAGAAGGGCUGAAACUUGAUGGUGCAGAAGCAGGAAUAUAUUCAGUGCACUGCUUGCCUUUGAGAUUGGCGGGUGCCGAGGGAUCUCCGAUUAGAUGUAUUCUCAUCAAGCCAUGAGUUGUUGUCUU